GGUAUCUAAGAGUAUGAGUUCUCUUCGUAUCAAGGGUCAGAGGGUCGUGCUACCUGAAAGGGUUGUAGCCCCAGCCAUCAUAGAGAUUAAAGAUGGAGUCAUAGCAGCCAUUCACCGUUCAGAUCUCGAGAGGGUAUCAUGGAAUCCAGAUACAGAUAUAGAUGCUGGGGAUAGCUUAGUGAUGCCUGGUGUCGUAGAUAGUCAUGUCCACGUUAAUGAACCAGGUCGAACCUUGUGGGAAGGUUACAGGACGGCUACUAAGGCUGCAGCUGCCGGUGGAGUAACUACCAUCGUUGACAUGCCAUUGAAUAGUAUUCCACCCACAACCACUUUGAGUGCAUUCCACGAGAAGAUGACCCAUGCCAAGGCUUCGUCUCAUGUAGACGUUGCAUUCUGGGGAGGAGUUGUACCUCGGAACCAGUUUGAAUUACGUCCCAUGAUCGAGGCUGGUAUCGCAGGGUUCAAAUGUUUUCUCAUCCACAGCGGGGUAGAUGAAUUCCCUCACGUUUUAGAGAGUGAUCUUCAUGAAGCCAUGAAACAACUUAAAGGUACCAACAGUGUUUUAUUGUUCCAUGCUGAAAUGGAGGUCCCAAGUACAGAGGAAACAACAGAAGUGGAUUCAUCGGCAGAAUAUAAAGACUUCCUCAAUUCCAGGCCUAAAAACAUGGAGAAUAAAGCAAUAGCACUUGUAGCAAAGAUGUGCCUUCAGUAUAGGGUUCCUUGUCACAUCGUCCAUCUCUCCUCGUCCGACGCUCUUCCUAUCAUCCGGGAUGCCCGCCGCCGUGGCGCCCCGCUCACCGUCGAAACCUGCCAUCAUUACCUCUCUUUCACGGCUGAGGAGGUACCAGAGGGAGGAACUCAUUUCAAAUGCUGUCCUCCGAUCAGAGACAAAAAUAAUCAGAUGGUGUUGUGGGAUGCUCUGAAGAGAGGUGAUAUUGAUUUGGUUGUGUCGGACCACUCUCCAUGUACUCCAGAACUCAAGCUCCUAGAACAAGGCGAUUUCAUGAAGGCUUGGGGUGGGAUCUCAUCCAUGCAAUUUGGUCUAUCGCUUUUCUGGACUGGAGCCCAGAAACACGGCAUGGGACUACACGAUAUGGUCAGGUUGAUGUGUGAACGCACUUCAAAACUUGCCGGAGUCUCCCACCGCAAGGGCUCCCUCGCUGUCGGCUUUGAUGGAGACAUCGUCAUAUGGGAUCCUGAUUCAUGCAUUACGAUCCAGCCCGAGAACAUUCACCAUCGUCACAAGGUUACACCGUACAGUGGUCUGACACUACAAGGCGUCGUACAGGUUACCAUCGUGAGAGGCCAGGUUGUCUACAGACACGGUACAUUCAGUGAAACACACAAAGGAUCUCUUAUUAUGUGUGACCCCAACAGAAAGCGAGAAACCUUGACACCAAACGCCCACCUGUGAGUUCAUUGAAUCCACUGUGUUACUUUAACUUAUAGGUUUAGUGAAUUUUUUCUAUUGUUUACCGGAUGCUAAGAUUAUUAUCACUGAUUGGUCAAAACUGCAUCAUGUGAUGUUGUGCAAUUCCGUCUAUCAUCGUCUAAGGGUUUUGACUUGCUUUCCAUAUAUUCUAUCUAACCCUGUGAUAGAUCCUGUAACCCCUGAGGGCAGGGCCACAAGUUGUUUUUCAAUGCGCACAUCUAGCUAGUUUGCUGUGAGCUACUUGGUCACUUAUGCGCAGCCAAUGGUGCACUAGCCAAGUACUGGUACCCAUUUGCCCAGGAGCAGCACACUUACUGCCCGUUAUGCUUCCUGGCAUGUAGGGCAGCAUUACAGGCUUUCCACUCCCGUCUGUCUUGGGCCAGUCUCUGAAGUGAUCCCCAGGUCUGUCGGAGGUUAGACACUUCGCCCUCCAAGGUCUGUCGCCGUGUGUUCUCGGACCGGCCUAGUUUUCUCCUUCCUUCUGGGGUCCACUGCAGUGUUGUCCUUGUAAUGUUAUCCACUUUUUAAUACAUAACCGAUCCAGCUCCACCUCCUUUUCAUAAGCAUGUCUUCCAUACUUGUUGGCAUCUUUCAAAUACAUGUACAUGAUGUUCUUCAUUUUUGAUGUGUUAGGCCAGAAUAUACAAAGUAUAUGUCUUAAACUUUGUGUGUGUUAAAACCUGACAGUUUCUGAAGGUCAUGUCUUGUCAUCAGGAGCAGUGCUGCUUGUUUAAAUUACAAAGUGAUUUAGCAAAUCAACUUAGAUUAGGGUUACACUAGUGGUCCUAAAAUUGAAACCCUUGUGUCUAGAGUUGUUUGAUUUAAAAUGAUGAGAUAUAUAAAACAAAUGUGGAUUGCUUUGUAUUCAGAUGACAGUUUAUAAACAUCAUUCCCUCUGGGCUGUCAUAAAAAAAUUCCUUUCUACACUUAUAGUGUAUUUUGCCUUCAAAUGAAAUUUUUUGCUGUACCUUUUAACCUUUCCAUCAGUAACUGCACAAUGAAUGGUCAAGUGUAUAUGGUUCUUUAGACACUUUGUGUAGAAUGAUGAGACAA